GCAGAGGUAAAGAGAGCAAAGCACAACUUCUAUCAGCAGGGGACCAACACUCACACACAGAGACACACACACACAGCUCUGACACACACACAGAUUAGCGCAGGCCUGUCAUACACACCACACUCUCUUUCCUGGGAUAUGAACACUCUCGUCCUCACCUGUCUCCUGUGCUUCGUAGUCUGCGGUGCUCUUAGUACUCAGGGAUCUGGGACCUCGCUCUCCAGUGAACUAGCUGGGGUCACCGGGGGUCCGGCCUCUGGGGAGGGCCUCCAGCUGAGCGACGAUGACGAGCUGGAGGUAGACGAGGAGCUUUCAGGAGGAGACAACGACAACUUCAGCCUUUAUGAGUCACAUCCCAACAGAGAUGAGAGAAAGAAGAAGAGAGGCAAAGGCAAGAGGAGGAACAAGAGCAAGAGCACGACCGCCUUCAACCCGGAGCACACGUUCCUCACCAGCGGAUACACGUCGACUCACAGCAGCACGGACGAUCCCUGCACCACCACCCACCUGGGCUACUGCAUUCACGGUUACUGCAAGUACAUAGAGGGCCUGUCGGAGCCAGUCUGCAUAUGUAUGAAGGGUUACGAUGGGGGGCGCUGCGCGACCCAAACCCUGACGGUGAAAAACACCCAGCCCGGUCAGAUCAACCACACCGAGCUGGUGCAGACGAUCUUGGUGGUCAUCGCCGUGGUCCUGUCGGUCAUCAGCUGCACUGCCAUCCUUCUCCUGACCUGUGCUCAUUACAGGUCACAUAAAAACUUCCUGGCAUCCUACCUGGGAACUGGGGCGGAGCAGGAGAAGCUACAGAAGCCCAUCGGUGAUGUUGUGGUGUGAGGGCAUCAAGUUACGAAGAGCUGCCUGAUUCAAAGGCGAAGCAGGCCGGAGGAGUCUGAGGACCUGAGAGAGCAGUAGAGUGAAUAGACUGCUUCAUUAGAUGCUGUAAAAAUAUAACGACACUGUCCUGUAACUGUUAGAAUGUAAUUUAUUUAGUGUGAUUAUUUAUUGCUUAUGAGUGUAUGACUGUUUGUGUGUUGGACUAUUGUUAUGAUGUCUUUUAUGUGCGAAUGCUGAGCAUUCAGUCCACUUCUCUUCUGUAGGUUCAGUUUUAUUUAUUGCACUGCUGUUGUAAUAGGUCAGAGAAACGCUCUUCAUCUCGCUCUGGAAAAGGGAUGGAAUUUUGAUCACCAAUAAAGUGUCUCAGUGUUAU